AUGGAAGUUCCUACAUUAUCUAUACCUGGAGAGUCCCAGACACAAGCCCAGCAAGCUCCUUUCGAGCCACAAUACUCGGGCCACUUGCAGCAAAAACCGGCUGCAGAAGGCUCUGCUGAGUACUACUUCAACCAGACCACCAACUGGAUGGGCGACCAUCCAUGGAUCACCGGAUUCGGUGCUCUUGGCGUGGCCUACUUCGCUGCCGGCUUCGUCAAGUCCAAGCAGCCAGGCCUCAACGGGAAGGCCUUCGUCAAGGGACCUUUUGGAGCCAAGAUGACUGCUAGAGAAGCAUUACAGGUGUUGAACUUGAAGGAGACAAACUUGUCACAAAUGAAGUUGAAGGAGCAGCACCGUAAGUUGAUGAUGGCCAACCAUCCAGAUAAAGGUGGGUCGUCGUACUUGGCCACCAAGGUCAACGAGGCCAAGGACUUCUUGGAAAAGAGAGGAGGAAUGAAGAAGAAGUGAACAGCCACGCCUGGAGCCUUACGUGGCGGCGUUGUGCUGGGCCCCCAUACAACCGUUUACUGUGUCAAGCUAGCGGCCAUUGUUCAUUGAUUGGCCAAUGUCAUGCGUAUCCCACCACUAAUUGUAUAUAGUAAAUUUCAUGGUGCUAGAUACCGACCAACUGUACGCGUAGACAUACCUCCAGCCGUGGACGUGGCUUGGUCUGCGUCACCACUUCCUGUCCGCCACUGUGCUGCUGCUGUGCCUCCGUCCC